GUGUUAUUAGUGGUGGUGGCGGUAGGAAACAGCACAGGUAGUAGUAGAUGAGGUCCUGAGGACACAAUAAGAAAAGAACAAGACCAAACCAAGCAACUGGAUAGAGGAAGCGUGUCGUCUCCGGCGUAGGAUAGCUUUUCCUCUUAUUUUCCCGCAUUACGAUUCUUUUUUAUCUUCUCUUCUUCGUCUUUUACAAACCGGCUAAGCAACAACAAUGAGAUCACCCAAAGCAAAGUACAGUAAAGUAAAGUAAUGCUUUCAAGAAACUGUUUUCCAAAAACACUUUUCAAAAACAGUCUCACAAAAUUCCUUCAUUUCUCAUUGCCGCCACUACCACCAUAAGCGGAACAGAAAAACGGUUAAGCAACAGGAAAGGAAUCAUCCAAAGCAAAGCAAAGUAAUCCUUCUAAGAAAGUGUUUUACGAAAACACUUACUUAAAAAACAGUCACAGCAGCAACAUUUCUCAUUGCUAUCAUGAUGAGCAUGAGACGAACAGAGCUGCUUUUGAUUGUUUCGUUCUUGGUGCUUGGUGUUCUUGUUACGACGACGUUUGGCGCCAAUGUCACAUACGAUCAACGAGCUCUGGUGAUCGACGGCAACCGCAGGGUCUUGAUCUCCGGCUCAAUUCACUAUCCUCGCAGCACUCCCGACAUGUGGCCGGACCUCAUUCAGAAAUCGAAAGACGGUGGAUUAGAUGUAAUCGAGACCUACGUUUUCUGGAACUUGCAUGAACCAGUUCGAAACCAGUAUGAUUUUGAAGGAGGAAAAGAUUUAGUUAAAUUUGUCAAAUUGGUUGCGGCAGCUGGGUUAUAUGUUCACAUUCGAAUCGGUCCUUAUGUCUGCGCUGAAUGGAACUAUGGUGGAUUUCCUCUUUGGCUGCAUUUCAUACCUGGGAUUGAGUUCCGAACUGAUAAUGAGCCAUUCAAGGCGGAAAUGAAGCGAUUUACGGCGAAGAUUGUUGACAUGAUGAAGCAAGAAAAUCUCUAUGCAUCCCAAGGUGGACCCAUUAUCUUAUCUCAGAUUGAAAACGAAUAUGGGAACAUUGAUUCGGCUUAUGGAUCGGCUGCCAAAACUUACAUUAAUUGGGCAGCAAGCAUGGCUACAUCUUUGGAUACAGGAGUGCCCUGGGUGAUGUGCCAGCAAGCAGAUGCACCCGAUCCUAUUAUCAACACUUGCAAUGGGUUUUAUUGCGACCAAUUCACCCCCAAUUCUGCCAAUAAACCAAAAAUGUGGACUGAGAAUUGGACUGGAUGGUUUCUUUCGUUUGGCGGUGCUGUGCCAUACAGACCUGUGGAAGACAUUGCUUUUGCUGUAGCACGAUUCUUCCAGCGAGGGGGAACCUUCCAAAAUUAUUAUAUGUACCAUGGUGGGACUAACUUUGGCCGGACCACUGGUGGACCUUUCAUUGCUACAAGUUAUGAUUAUGAUGCUCCAAUUGAUGAGUAUGGACUUCUUAGACAACCUAAGUGGGGCCACCUAAAAGAUGUGCAUAAAACCAUAAAACUUUGUGAACCAGCAAUGGUUGCCACUGGUCCAACAAUUACUUCCCUUGGUCCAAAUUUGGAGGCAGGUGUAUAUAAAACUGGGUCAGGUUUAUGUGCUGCUUUUCUUGCCAAUGUGGAUACCCAAUCUGAUGCAACUGUGAAUUUCAAUGGCAAUUCAUAUAAUUUACCAGCAUGGUCUGUGAGCAUCUUACCCGACUGCAAAAAUGUAGUGCUAAAUACUGCAAAGAUUAAUUCUGUGGCUACAAUUCCACAAUUCACGCGUCAAUCAUUGAACGAUAAUGUUGGUGCUUCUAAAGCAUUCCUGUCAGGCUGGAGUUGGUUUAAUGAACCAGUUGGUAUCUCAAGUAACAAUGCAUUUAUGCAACUUGGGUUAGCAGAGCAAAUAAAUACUACAGCUGACAAAAGUGACUAUCUUUGGUAUUCACUAAGCACUAACAGUCAAGAUGGGUCCCAAACAGUUCUUCAUGUGGAAUCACUUGGCCAUGUCCUUCAUGCUUUUAUUAACGGGAAACUUGCAGGGAGUGGCGAAGGGAACAGAGGCAAUGCUAAGGUUGCCAUUGAGGUUCCCAUUACACUCGUCCCUGGAAAGAAUAGAAUCGAUCUCUUGAGUUUGACAGUUGGACUUCAGAACUAUGGAGCAUUCUUUGACACAUGGGGUGCUGGGGUUACUGGACCGGUGAAACUGAAAGGUCUAAAUAAUGGAUCUACCAUUGAUCUAUCCUCACAGAAGUGGACAUAUCAGACUGGACUGAAAGGCGAAGAAUUAGGCCUCUCAGGUGGAGGUUCUUCAGUUUGGGUAUCAAAACCCACUUUACCCAAGAACCAACCCUUGAUUUGGUACAAGACAAAUUUUGAUGCGCCAUCUGGCAAUAAUCCAAUCGCACUAGACUUCACAGGGAUGGGAAAGGGAGAGGCAUGGGUGAACGGGCAAAGCAUCGGGCGUUAUUGGCCAACUAAUAACGCUCCAAGCGGUGGUUGCACCAACUCCUGCAAUUACAGAGGCCCUUACAAUUCAAACAAAUGCCUCAAGAAUUGUGGCAAACCAUCUCAACAACUGUACCAUGUGCCUCGUUCAUGGUUACAAUCUAGUGGGAACACCCUAGUGCUGUUUGAGGAAAUGGGUGGCGAUCCAACACAAUUAUCUUUUGCUACCAAACAGAUUGGAAGUUUGUGCUCUCACGUUUCAGAGUCUCACCCACAACCCGUGGACAUGUGGAGUACAGAUCAAAUGACAGGAAAGAAAUCCGGACCUAUGCUAUCACUUGAAUGCCCUUUUCCUAAUCAGAUCAUUUCUUCAAUCAAGUUUGCAAGCUUUGGAACUCCUCAUGGUACUUGUGGAAGUUUUAGCCACGGCCAGUGUAGCAGCAGUGGGGCUCUUUCCAUCAUACAGAAGGCCUGUAUUGGAUCGAAGAGUUGCAACAUUGGAGUGUCGAUUGACACGUUUGGCAACCCGUGUGUUGGAGUGACCAAGAGUUUAGCUGUAGAAGCUUUCUGCACAUGAAGUGAUCUUUGAUUCUUGCAAUGUAGCAUUGUGUUGUCUGGGGUCCAACCAAAGCUGUGUCCCCAGGUAAAUGUAAAAUCGAAUAAACAUUUUAAUUGGUUAAUAAAUUUGAAACAAUAUAUAUAUAUAA